CACUAUAACAAUUCAGAAAGUAUUCACAAAUAACAACUUUCACAGAAAGAGAAGCAAAUGACCUUUCAUAAAAUGCUACCACUAUUUCUGCUGUUAACAGUAACAUUAGCAGCAAUUGCAGCAACACCCACAUCAGCUCAAGGGUUGCCCGGUUGCCGACACAGCUGUGGCAACCUAACCAUUCCAUACCCAUUCGGCAUAGGCAAGGUUUGUUACCUAGAUGAGUGGUUCCUCAUAACAUGUGAUGACUACUCAAACAAACCAUUCUUAGGAACGAACCACCUUCCCGUCCUUAACAUAUCACUUAACGGUGAGCUUCAAGUGUUGAGCCCCAUAGCCUACGAUUGUUACAACAAAUCAGUCCGCUCGGGACACAACGACCCUUGGAUGAGGCUGUUCAAUUACUCCAUCUCGUAUACUAGAAACAAGUUCAUGGCCAUAGGUUGCGACACCAAUGCAUACCUGAUGCAUUUUGUCGAGAACAAGUAUUUAACCGAUUGCAUGUCCAUUUGUGUAACAAUGAAUGAUUCGGAGAAUGGGUUGUGCUCUGGCAUUGGUUGUUGCCAAACACCGAUUCCACAAGGGGUAAGUGAUUUUAAGUUGAGUGUGAGAAGCAUGUCCAAUACGAAUGGCCAUAUGAGGAUGUUGGACUUCAAUCCUUGUAGCUUUGCCUUUGUUGUUGAAGAAGGCAAGUAUAACUUCUCUAAAGUUGAUCUUUACAAUUUCAGCAAUAUUGAGGAGUUGCCUCUGGUGCUUGAUUGGGCAAUUAGGAGCAGGACUUGUGAAGAGGCAUGUGGAAACAAUAGCAAAUGUUACAAAUCUGAUAAUAUUUCAGGGUAUCGCUGCAAUUGCUCUGAAGGUUAUCAGGGUAACCCAUACCUUCCAAAUGGUUGCCAAGAUAUCAACGAGUGCUUGAGUCCAGAACUCAAUAUGUGUACAAAUGUUUGUCACAACACAGAAGGGAAUUUUACUUGUUCUUGCCCAAAGGGGUAUCAUGGGGAUGGCAAAAGAAAUGGCAAGGGAUGUGUUGCAAAUGAAAUAUGGCUAAAGGUCACUGUUGGUAUUGGCAUAGCAAUUUUGGUAUUAGUUGUGGCAUGUUCUUGGUUAUAUUGGGGAAUCAAGAAAAGAAAUCUGGUCCAACUUAAAGAAAAGUUUUUUCGGAAAAAUGGUGGUUUGAUACUACAAGAACAGCUCUCAAGGAUGGAUAGCUCAGUUGAGGCAGCCAAAAUCUUUACCAUAGAACAGCUCAAGAAGGCAACCAAUGACUUCGAUAGAAGCAUGAUCAUAGGCCGAGGAGGAUUCGGUAUAGUUUACAAAGGAGUUCUACCCAAAAACAAAGUUGUUGCUAUCAAGAAGUCCUUAGGAAUUGAUCAAAGCCAACUUGAUCAAUUUGUUAAUGAGGUGAUUGUGCUAUCUCAAAUCAACCACAGAAAUGUGGUAAAAAUAUUGGGUUGUUGUUUAGAGACUGAAGUGCCUUUGCUGGUUUAUGAAUUUAUCACCAAUGGAACUUUGUAUCAGCAUCUACAUGAAGUAAGCCGUAUAUCCUCGAUUCCAUGGGAAAUUCGUCUAAGGGUAGCCAAAGAAACUGCAGAAGCGCUUUCUUAUUUGCACUCUGCAACUUCUAUACCAAUUAUUCAUAGAGACAUAAAGUCUACCAACAUACUCUUGGACAAUAAUUUCACUGCAAAAGUCUCUGACUUUGGAGCUUCGAGACUAAUUCCAUUGGAUAAAACGCAGUUGACAACAAUGGUUCAGGGAACACUUGGAUACUUAGACCCUGAAUAUUUUUAUUCAAGUCAAUUGUCCGAGAAAAGUGACGUGUAUAGCUUCGGAGUCGUCCUUGUGGAGCUACUUACCGGCAAAAAGGCUAUUUCUUUUGAAAGGCCAGAGAAUGAGAGAAACUUAGCCACGUGUUUCAUCUGUUCAGUUAAAGAGAAUCGCUUGUUCCUUAUUCUAGAUGAUCGAAUCAUGAAUGAAGGCAACGUAAAUCAGAUACGUGAAGUUGCUAACCUUGCACAAUGUUGCCUAAGAUAUAAGGGGGAUGAACGGCCUUCAAUGAGGGAAGUGGCAAUGGAGCUCGAGGGACUAACAAGAGUGGAGAAGCACCUUUGGGCUGGAGGCGAAGCGGAUUUGGAGAAUGAGCUCCUGUUAGGUAAUACAAUGGAGUUUUGUAGCGGUAACACCACAGCUGGAUUUAGUAGUCUAGAGAACCAAUCCGCGGUUAGCGGUAGAUGAUGGAUGUUGAGUGUCAUGGUCAUUUUAUGUUUAAGUCGGUGUGUGAUUUAGGCUAUAGUUUGCUUGUUUGUUUUGUCUUGAGGCUCUUAUUUAGGCCUCUGAUGGUGGCCGUUUAGUGUCAAUUUAUAUGUUUGAAUCCGUGUAUAAUAUUAAUAUCAAUAAGACUAUUAAUCUUUGUAAUACGAGGAGCAACCAAAACACUUCAGUCUAAGUGUUGGGCUUUU